UACAUGUCAACAAUGGCAAUAGCGCACGUUGCGACUGAAUACGUAUUUUCUGAUUUUAUGUUGAAAGAACAGAGUGAAUCUAAGUAUAAAGGCGUGCGGCUGGAAUUGGCCGUAGACAAACUGGUCAGUUUUAUCGCGGUCGGUCUUCCUUUGUUACUCAUCUCACUCGCCUUUGCACAAGAAGUCUCAGUGGGAACUCAGAUCACCUGUUUCCCACCCACUAACUUCUCAUGGCGACAGGCAUCCUAUGUGGACUCCUUCUGCUGGGCUGCAGUGGAGAGCCAGCACAGGGAGGAUGGGGCUUACAGCGCCCCCCUUCGACUACACAAGUUCUUUCCUUAUAUCCUUCUGCUGGUCGCUAUCCUAAUAUAUAUUCCUACUCUCUUCUGGCGUUUCACGGCUGCCCCUUCCCUCUCCUCUGACCUCAGUUUUAUCAUGGAGGAACUUGACCGUUGCUACAACCGGGCCAUCCGCCUUGCCAAGAGUCUCACAUCAAACCUUGAAGGCAAAGACAUUGCAGAAGACCCACACAGUGGUCUUGAGUUGACUGAAGGUUGUUUUAAGUACCCUCUGGUAGAGCUGUUCCUAAAGACAAAACAUGCUUCAUGGGCUUUGGCUGCAAAAUAUCUCCUUUGUCGGGUUUUAACACUCCUCACUUUACUGCUGGCUUGCUUUUAUCUGACCUACUACAUCUUUUGGGUGUCACCCAUUGACCAGUUCUACUGUAACCUGCGCACAGGUAUAUUAGUAAAUGAGAGUGGGGUACCAGAUGCAGUGCAAUGUAAGCUAGUAGCAGUGGAUGUGUUUCACAUCCUAAGUUGCAUUAAUCUGGCGGUGUAUGUACUGUUAGUACCUGUUGUGCUUUACGCUGCCCUCCAACCUGCCCUCCAGCACCAUCGUGCUCAGUUCCUCCGUCCGUACCGCCUACUGCCUGCUUUCGGUCAUUCCCUGGAUUUGCAGCCAACUGCACGGCGCUAUGAUGACCUUGGUAUCUACAUGCUGUUCUUGGAGGAGAACUUAAGCGAGCUCAAGAGCUACAAAUGUUUACAGGUAUUAGAGCUGCUGUCAGAGUGUGGGGAUGCAGCUUUUGACACCAUGUGUCUCCUCAGGACUCUGGGACAAGUGAGGACUGACAUGGUGGACAGGAAACAGUACCAAACUGUCGAUGGGAAGACUCAGUCAACUAAGACAGAAGUGUCUUCAGAACUAAAGGACGUUUCUGUUCUGCUGGAUGAUGGAGUACUGACAGCAAAAAGCUGCAGCUGUGUGAAGGAUGUAAGACACAGGGUGGUCUGAGAUAUAUUCAGGUAUAUAUAUAUAUAUAUAUAUAUAUAUAUAUAUAUAUAUAUAUAUGACUGUAUAUGUUCAAAAGCUCUGCUGUUUACACAAAGUGUGAAAGCCAGCCAAUCAAAUCACUAAAAUGUUUAAGUUCAAUAUACUUUAGCUGUACUGAUUUAAAAAAAAAAAAAACUAGUAGCAUGUGAGCUGUUUCAUUUUUGAAGAUUUCCUUAAAAUAUGAAUAAAAUCUAACAUUAUGGAAUGCCUUAAACUAACAGUGAGAUAUUUAAUGUUUACAUUUACACUAUAAAUCUUGAUAACUAAAAAGUUAUCUGGUAGGUGGCCAAAUGCAACUAAAGACAUGUACCUGCAAAAUGAGCAGCAUGUUUGUGUAUACCUUACACUAAUACGUAUGGGGUGAAUGAUUAUUAUUUAUGCAUAAGAUCAAAUGAAAUGUUAAUAUAGGAAGAAGGAAUAUAUUUCUUUAUAAUGUAACAAUGCACUGCCUAAAUGCAAUAAUCAAAUGUACAGAUUGUAAUGUACUAUAGAUGUAAUAAUAUAUUGCAAAUUAUAUGUCACUGACUCUUGUUUUUAGGGGAGCAACAGUUUUUAUAAUAAGUUAAACAUUUUGCUAAUUAAAUAUUUAUACAUUUAAUCUAUACAGACCUAUUGUUUAAGAAAUGCUUUUCAAUUAUGUAUCUCUUAUUUAUUUAUUUUUAUUAUUAUUUUUUUGUAUAUAUGUAGUUUCAUAGUUCCUUACAUUCUUACCUUGAAUCCAUCAGAGAUAUUAAAAUUAAUUGCAUGUCUUAUUGAAUUGAACACUUCUAGAACACUGCUAGACAAAUUUAAAUGAAUAAAUCUCUGUACAUGAAAAGUGUGGUGUUUGUUUAUAGCUGUAACUCUUAAAAUGAUUUAAAAUGGACUGCAGUCAUGAAACAGAAUGUAAUCUAAAAAAGAAAAGGUUUCAAUAAUCUCUGUUCUUUCCAUAAAAUGUUUUUUCUCUGUUACAAUAUUUCUUUAAAUCA